AUGCGAUACGCACAAUCUGCCAUCUCUUGUCUCCAAAACCAGGAUGCUGUGAUAGACGGACCUGCUCCUCACCUUACGGAGUUCGAGCAUAUUUUCUUCCCCCGCCUUGCCUGUAUGAGCAAGACUCAUUUGGAGGCAUGGAUUUUCGAUGCUGUCGAUCUGACAACAAAUAACGUUGCUGUUACGAUGACGUUUUUCCGGGACGGAACGCAAGCAGCUUUAGGGAAAUGCCCAAUUCGUACUACAUUUCGAGCCAGCUUGCCGGAUGGAACUAAGAUAGCGGGUGAACUUUUUGCUAAAGAAAGCACUGUCGAAGCCAAUCAAGAGACAGGAAAGAUCAUAGGGAAAUGGGUAGGAGAGAACAAAGAGGGCGGGCACGGCGAUAUACCAUGGGCACAGUAUGAAGUGCCGUUUGAUAUGUCUGAGGCGACUGUUACAAUCAAUCUGCCUACCGUGAGAGGGACCCUUAUUCUUCAACAACGUGGUGGGAGAAACCUUGAAAAUUCCGCAGAACGUCAGUUGAUGGGGCCCGGCCUAUCUUGGGUUCAUUCAAUUCCUCGUGCAAAAGCAAUUGCGGACUUCACUUUUACUCAGGAUGGAGAAUCCAAACAACUGCAAUUCGAAGGAUAUGGCGGCACAGAUUAUUGUCGUUCUACCGAACCUAUGCAAGAUAUGAUGGAAGGCACUACUUAUGUCCGAGGCCACGCAGGCCCCUACACAUUUGCGCUAUUCCGUCUUUUCAGUCGUCUGCAUCCUGGCAAAACGUACACUAGGGCUACCUUGGUGAAAGAGGAUGAAAUACUUUUCGAAAUGGUCUCGGACGACCACGUCUCCUUGAGUGAGGACUACUUAUCAUUCCGUUCUACCUAUAGCGGAAAACUCAGAGGAAACUAUUCGGACCAUACGACUGGCUACAGAAUUGAUUUUGUAUCUCCCAGUCGAAGCAAGCACUGGUCAUUUGAACUCAACCAUGAGACUCUGUGGUGGAGCAUGCCUACGGAGGCGCCUCCAGCAAAAACAGGGAAUAAUGGCUUCAUGUCAUCGGUAACCGGAGGUGAAAUGUGUGAGUCUGUCCAGCAAGGGAUGGCUACUAUUGUACAUAUUCAGAUGACUGCACUGAAAUCCGAUUAUAAGGGGAUCAGUAACCGCCAGCUGUAG